AUGUAUUUUCCUGAUGGUAGAACAUAUUCCGUUAUUCCCAAACAUAAAGUAAAAUUUGACGAAAAACAUGCGGGAUUAGAUUACGUGAAUUUCGAUAAACAAAUGUGUAUUGGAACAAUAAUGCAAGAACGUAGUAAUAGAAACUUAAUCGAAUCAGAGAAGACAGCUUCGAUAAGCAUAAAUUGUUUAGGUCCUCAUGAUAAAACGGAACAGAAAGCUGCAUAUCUGGAGAGAAUUGAUCACUCGAGAACAGCAGAAGAUUCGGAUGUCGAAGAUGAACAUUCACAACUUCGUACACGUUCUGAUCAAACAAAACAUGCAUCGCAAAACAAAAGAAGAAACGAGUGUUUUGGAUGUCUCAUAAACUUAACAACGAUGAUGAUUCAAACAACAGAUCAAGUUCAGGUCCAGCAGCAAAUAUACUUAAAAAAUAUUACAAAUUUAACUGAAAAUGAUUCUGCUGAAUUACAAGACAAUAUAACAGACAGUGUUUCAACAGAAAAUCAUGCAAUAGUUGGUAAUCCAGUGGAUAGUGAAGAUGAUGCGUUGGCUUAUCUGACGCGAUUCGGUUACAGUUCGUGUAAUGCUUCAUCGCCUGUUCGGUGUAGUGAAAAUUUUUCUUCGAUGCUCAUAGAAUUUCAACGUUAUUUUGGAUUGAAUAUGACCGGUGUUGCUGACAAGGAAACACAGGCCAUUAUGAAUCUACCGCGAUGUUCAAUGGUGGAUAAACCAAAUGUAAACAUAUUGCAGGGAUUAAGCAAUAAAACAUGGUCUCAUCUCUCUCUAACCUAUCGUCUUGCAUCGCACGCCCAUUUCCAGCAAAUAAGUUAUGCGAAUCAGAUUAGCAUCGUGCAGGAUGCAUUUAACGAAUGGUCAAAACACACGCCUUUAACAUUUGAAAUGGUCUGUAACACAUGUUUAUCAGAUAUUGUACUGCAAUUUAUGGAAGGCGAUCAUGGCGAUAGUUUACCAUUUGAUGAAAAAACAUUAGCGCACGCGUUUUUGCCAACUGAUGGUAGAAUCCACUUCGAUUCGCAAGAUACAUGGACAGAAUUGUAUAAUUCGACGUCAAAAACGGUGAUCAAUCUGUUUCUAAUCACUAUGCAUGAAAUUGGCCACGCGUUAGGUCUUGAACAUGUAAAAGAUAGACAGUCGAUCAUGUUCCCGACUUAUCAGCUAAAACAACGAUCUGACGUACUAACAUUCGUUGAUCAACAGUCGAUACAAGCUCUUUAUGGAAAAAAAACUGAACCAGACUUUGGAAAACAAAGUUUUGAUGCAAAGUCGUACUAUCGCUUAACAACAGAAUGGCACGGUGAUGAUAAAUCUCUCGACAUUGUUCAUGAUGGUAAAAACAACAAUCAACUUAUACUCGCUAAAACUGACAAUUCUAGUACUCAAUAUUGGAGGAUUACUUUAUUGGAAAAUAACGAUUAUCGUUUAACUUCAAAACGACAUGGUUAUAAUAAAUCUAUUGAUAUUGUUAAUGAUGGUGCGAACAAUAAACUUACACUUGCUGAUACCGACAAUUCUAGUGGUCAAUAUUGGAGGAUUACUUUAGUGUCAGGUAACUAUUAUCGUUUAACUUCAAAACGACAUGGUUAUAAUAAAUCUAUUGAUAUUAUUAAUGAUGGUGCGAACAAUAAGCUUACACUUGCUGAUACUGGCAAUUGGAGUGGUCAGCAUUGGAAAAUAAUAAAAAUAUAA